AUGGUGCCUCAAGGAGGACAAGCUUCCGCUCGAGCCUUGCGUUUUGUGCUCCACUGCGGUCGAUAUGGUUUAGGACGAGGGCUUCGACGCUUCACCUGGCAGGCUCCCAAAGUGGACUGCUAUGCGCUUCUGGGUAUCUCAGAAUCAGCCAGCGUAGAAGAUAUCCGUAAAGCUUAUUUGCAGCGAGCAAAAAGCGCCCAUCCAGAUGUCAGUUUUGCAGUGGGUUCAGGUAGCGGAGAUAUGGUGCAGUUGAACCUGUGCUACGAAGCUUUAACGCAAAAACGAAAAGAAUACGAUGCAGCGAAGGGAGUCACAGGUCAAAAGACGUUCACCUCGGGAGGCUCCACGUCUUCUCGUGAAGCUUGGUGGCGCUCUCAGGGUGGCUUUGACGAUUACCAGGAUGACUACUACCCGUUUCACUUCGAUGAUUUUACCGAGCGGAUGCGCCCCCGCAGGAAGCAGAACCAUGAGGCUUUCUCGAAGCGUCGACCCAGUUGGGAGGAGUUUGCGGAAGCGUGGGAUGAAGAAUUUCAAGCAGAAGACUUACAAGGACAGCGAAAUCCCCGGGGGAGGGCAUACCAGAAGGCUGCGAAGUAUACCAUGUGGGAAUCCAGCAGUGAUGAAGAAGAGGAGUGGAUUCAGCCCCGUGGCCGUCGCCGGAAAAAACGUCAGCGGUUCAACAAGAAGGAUCAAGCGCAGGAGCCUCCAAACCCUGGCCCUGGAAACAAGAGCGAAGAAGUGCCAGAAGAGAUGUGGGUAGAAAUUGCAGGCCGUAAUAUGCAGUGGGCUGCCAUUGGUGGCUCCUACUCGAAGUUGGAGAAACCCUUCAACGGCCGUGCAGCUUUUGAGAAAAAGGGCCAGCCAAAUCUCUUCAUGUUCUGGAGCCAACAGUAUGGUGACUGGAAGAUUGCCGAGCGCUUGCAAGAUGACGGUGCCUGCUUGGCCUUUGCAGAGGACAUGAAGGGGCGAAUGAGGCCCUGGAUCUCACAUCCAAUCCUCCGCUGGCGCCUGUGGGAACCUUCUUCUAGACGUUUUGUGCCGCGUCGUCUCAACAUCGAAGCCAGCUCCGAUGGGCCUUCAGGAGGCAACACGAAUAUGCAGGACGACGAUGAAGUUCCAUGGUCGAGACCUCACUGGUCCGAGUGGUCCACUACUGACUUGAUUCGUUGGUGUGAACGCCGCAGGAUUGACCUCAGCGGAUGCUUUGACCGAGAGGCUGUCUUGGACCGAGUGAUUCAAAGUGCGAAGGAGGACAUGGCAGAUGCUGAAGACGACACAAGGAGAGAGGACAGCCAGUUCCAUGUCGUCCGUAUCGCAUCUCGGGUGAAGACGGAUGGCUCUUACACAAGGCCUCCCACCUUAGAUCGUCGCAAUUCCCUCUUCGGCAAUCGAGUCGAGCGGUUUCAAGGGGUUGAAUCCGACAUCCUGCCGUGGCUAUACCGUGCUGGCGACAAGUCAAGGUUGUAUGGCAUUUUCUUUGGCAACGAGUUCGCAUACAGCUUGGUGUGGACGAGGUACAAGUUCUGGGGCCGCCCUGGAGCCAGGCCCAAUCGCUACGAGGAAAGCUGGUAAUCGAUGCUCCCUGGAACCCUCUCGGCAG